CCGGGGUUGCCAAAAAAUAAAAUUAUGAAUAAAGCGCUUGCCCUCUCCAACGACGAUGCAUCACCACCGAUAUGGAGAACUCCCAACCCCAACACUCUUCUAUUCCACCGCCGCCGGGAUAUCUCUCGCCUCCCUCUUCUAUGACACCGCCUUCCGAUCACCGACAUUCACUCGUAGCCGGAAGGUUCAGAGACGCCCUCUUCUCCGCCGUCGCCGCCAAAUAUUCGACCAAUGGUAGCGCCCACUCUUUUCCCUUCCACUCCGAGCAGUUCAAGUCCGUUGUCGAUUGCCGCAUUCAUGAGAAUUUUCCCUCCUUCCAAACUCCUACCCAUCUUCCCUAUGCCUCGAUGAUACAGAGGGCAAUAGCCGAAGGCGGAGAUGAAGAUGGGUUGAGUGAGGAGUCAAUAUCAGAGUUUAUCGUGAAUGAGUAUGAGGACUUGCCAUGGGCGCACCCGGCCUUUUUGCGUCGCCAUUUGGGGAAGCUCUGUGAAAGUGGGGAGCUAGUAAAAUCGAACUGUGGGAGGUAUAACUUUAAGGUGGAGGGUACGGGAGUAAAGAGGAAGAAGCGGAGGAGGAAGUCGGCAGGAAGGAAUCGACGCCGAGAAUUGGAGAGUGCUGAUGAGAUAGAAGAGGAUUUUGAUAGGAAAAAGCGAUCAAAGAAACUGAUGAUCAUAGGACCCCGUGAGGAGGAGGUGGUAACAAGUAAAGGGACUGAAGAACAAAGUGAUUUGUUGAGAGAAGUAAUUGUCGGGGCUGUAGAUGUAGAUCAUGCUCAAGGAGGCCAAGUUGUGCUGGAUGAACUUCAAGAAAUUCAAGAAGAUGAAAUGAUUGACAAGAAGCAUGGAGAGAAAAUCAAGCGUAACUAUGGGCCUAAAGAUUUUUAUGGGAAAAAGCAAUCACCAAAAUUGGUGAUUAUUGGUCUUCCUGCGCCGGUAGCUAUUAAUGAGAUUGAGAAACAAAGUGGUUCAUUGGGGGAAGAAGUUCAAGAAGCUGAAGAUGGAGAACAAUCGAAAGGAGGCCAAAUUCAAGUGCAUGGUGAAGUUAAUGAAGUUCAAGCUGAUGUAAUGAUUCAUCAACCUUGUGAAAAGGAAGUCAAGAGUAGAGAUUGUGUUCAAGAUUUUGAUGAGGAAAAGCAGUCACAGAAUGUGGCGGCUGGAAAUCUUGGUGCACAGGAGGCACUGACGAUGACAAGGAAUGGAGAAAAAUGUGGUUCAUUGAGAGAGGAAAUUGAUGGAGCCAAAGAAAGAGUUCUUGACCAAGACAGGCAAGUUAUAAGGAUAUAUAAACUUAAAGAAGUUAGAAAAGUUGGAAUGAUUAAUGAUCAUCACGAAGUGGAAGUUAAUAGUAGAGAUGGGAUUGAAGAUUUUGGUGGGACAAAACAAUCACAGGAUCUAGUGGUUGUUGGACUUCAUACAAAAGAGGCACUAACGACUAAAGGGACUGAAGACCAAUGUAGUUCAUUAAGAAAAAAAGUCGAUGGGGCUGAAGGAAACCAUGCACAAGCUGGCCAAACUGAAGCGCUAGGUAAAUUCAAAGAAGUUCUUGAAGUUGAAAUGAUUGACAAGCAUCAUGAAGAGGAAAGGCAAGGAGAAAUGAUGGAAGAACCAAUAGAGAGACCAUCCAUGGGAUCAAACGAAGAAACGUGGCCUGGUGAAGAAGCCAUUUUGGAGUUCUUUGAUGCUACCUCUAACCAUAGCAAUGGUGAAGAAAAUGGAGUUAUUGGUGAUGCUGAAGGUUGCAAGAAGUUACAAGAGGAAAAUGAAAAUUUGGAGUUCUUUGAUGCAAGGUCUGAUCAUGACUGCGAUGCAGUGAAUGAAAUAAUUGGCGCUCAAUCUUCGAAGGAGAUGGUACUAGGUGAAGUUAGCAAUAGACAAAAUAGACUGGAAGAAGAACGACCAUCCAAGGUGAGUGAUAAUCAAACUGGAAUAAGGAAGGGCCGUGAGGCUGAGGACCCUCAACUAUCCAAGGAGCAUCCUCAAGUUAGAUGGCCGUCUGAAAUAACUGGAACUCCUCCGAAGCAUUCAGAGCAAGAGAUGUCUAGGACUUUUGAGGCAGACAAAAAUGAAAAUUCCGAUGCAUUAUUGCCUGCAGAUAUUAUUAGUGGUCCGAGUCAUCCUUGGGGGCAUCAUCAUGGUCGAGGGAGGCCUCGGAACUUGAAAGUUCAAGAAACUUUGGCAACUUCAUUAUUUACAUCUGCUCAAGACUGUGACCCAGAUAUGGGCGAUGGCACUCAUCAUAUUGAUCAGCAACGACUCAAGCUGCCAAGAGGUAGGGGGAGAGGUCGGGGACGGCCUCGAAUAGUUAGACAAGACCAGAUUUCAGUGUCAGAGAUGUUCUCACCUUCCAAGCAUUGGCAUCACCAGCAAUCUCCUGGAAAGAGAUGUGGGAGACCUCCGAAACAAAAAUUUAAUGAAGAUACUGGAUCGAAGGGCAUCUCGACUUCUUUAGAGAAUGAACAGCAAGAACAUGAGGGUUGUGGACGUGGCCGUGGCACUGGAAGACCUUCGAGACAAAGAAAGAAAGAAAAGGGAUCAUUUGAUAAUCAGUAAUCACAAUAUGUUCAAGUGCCAACUAUAUUAAUUAGUAUUUAGGAAAAUUUAACAUCUGAUUUCGUUGUGAGUUUCUCUGAGGUUGCCUCUUUUCUUUCAUCAUCACACCUUAAUAAAAUUUCCACAUUUAACUCUUGAAGCUAGUUGUUUUUCAAGUUAUGCAAUUACAGGAAUUAUAGGAGGAAUAAGAGCAAAGAAGUUGCAAGAAGAGUGAUGGUUACUCUCGCAUACCCUCAAGAUCUCUUCCCUGCAUCACUAGCAGCUUCUCCA